AUUCAAUUCAUCGAACUCCUCUGUACCACAUCGCUAGACGAUCCCGUCGCCAAAUUAGAUGAUGCAGCACUCCAUAGACUUUGGAAUCCACCUCGUGACCGACUUACAGUUGAUGAUGAUGCAAUUCGUUUUGGAAUCGAGUCAUACUUUGCACUUGAACAUUCUGCCAUUAGUUCCUACAAGUCCAUCAGACAAUUGGCAGGACAUUGUUUCAAGGGGAAUGCCAUGGGGGUGCUGAGCUAUUACAGCAUCAAGAAGCUCAUCGCAGAAUAUACAGGUGUAGAGUUGAUUGAACAUGAUAUGUGCCCAGACACAUGCAUAGCCUUCACAGGCCCAUAUGCUACACUUGAUGCAUGUCCCAUAUGUGGUGAGGAUCGCUAUGAUGCUAUCCAACUGUGA